AUGCCCGUGCAGCCGCCGCGCCAGGCCGUGGCGCUGUCCGAGGACCAGCUCAAGUUCCAGGAGAUGGCCAUGCAGCUGCUGGACCGCACACUGCGCGACCUGGACGAGUAUGACGCCGACCACCGCGACCACGACAAGCAGGACCCGCGGCUGUGGAAGCGCAUCCACCACAAGGAGCACUUCACCACGUACACACGCUGCGACGACGCGCCCGAGGCCGCGUACGUGGCGGCGGACGGCGGGCGCAGCACUACAUCUCGGCCAUCCAAGGAUGUGGUGCUGGGCAUGGGCUACGUGCAGUGCCCACUCAGCGAGCUCAUGUACGGCGUCUUCAUGAAAGACAGUCAAGCGAUGGCGCUGAAAUCCGCUGUCGUGGACAAGAACAUCGGCAACGGAGCCGUGUUGCUGCAGCUCUUGGGCCCGACCGAGGAGGACCCAUUCCGCUUCCUUGCGCUGAAAUGGAUCGAGGUGCGGCCGCCGCGCGGGGUCUCGGGCCGCCUCGUGGCCCCCAGAGAAGUCAUGUUCCUCGGGGGAAGGGGCACUAUGAGGGGCCGUGACGGCAAACUCAUCGGGUACGAGGUGCACCACUCCAUCGACCACCCGGCCUUCCCGCCUGUGCACGGGCUGCGGCGCACGCGCAUCGUCAUCGGCUCCAUCUACCGCGAGCGCGAGCCCGGAAUCGUUGACCUGUUUAUCAAGAGCUACAGCAUGGAGGCCGAUAUGGGCAGCAUCCUCGGGCCGCUGGCCAUGGCGCACGCGGCCAAGUGCAUUGAGCAGGUCUGGACCGUGCCCGACUUCGCGUUCGCCAAGAAGCUGAACUGGUGCUUCAACAGCCGCGUGCACAGCAACAACCAGAAGGCCUUCGAGGCCAAGCUGAACAAGCGCUGCGUCGCGUGCAGCAAGAGCAUCGCGUCCAUCUGGAAGACGCGCGCGCAGAGGCGUGUGUGCACCCUGUGCAAGGCACCACUGUGCUCGAGCUGCCGCAUGAAGACGAACCUGUUCGAGAUCGACCCGAAUUUCCGCGCUCGCAAGAACACCGUGCGGAUCUGCCCGUCUUGUCACGAGUACGUGAAGCUGCUGGACGCCAAGGAGAUCCAGCGCCAGGAGAUGCUGCGUCCGCAGCGGCCGGAGGUGUUCAACCCGCUAACGCCAAGCACGCUGGACGUGCCGGCGCGCAACUUCUCGCUGGACAACAGCUUCUGCACGGCCUCGGUCGAAAGCCUGUGUCUGCUGGACUCGCCCCGCGCACGCUCCGACAGCGUCAUGACUGACAUGUUGCAUUGA